AUGGUUUCUGAUUAUAGGCCAAUUGCUCUGAGUAAUGUCGUCUACAGAGUUAUGGCGAAAGUUAUUACGGGUAGGAUGAAGCCACUGAUGGAGAGUAUUAUAUCUGAGGCCCAGAGUGCAUUUAUAUCUGGAAGACUUAUUACGGACAAUAUCCUGGUAGCCGCGGAAGUUGGCCAUUAUUUAAAUAGAAAACAAUGUGGACUAGCUGGCUGGGGGGCUUUGAAAUUGGAUAUGGCAAAAGCCUACGAUCGUAUGGAGUGGUCGUUUUUGCAGGAGAUGUUAAAGGCCCUGGGAUUUGAUGACAGAUGGGUGAAGUUACUGAUGAUGUGUGUGACCACUGUGUCGUAUAAUGUAUUGGAAGCGGGAGUGGUUAAACGAUGUUUGACAGAUUAUGAAAUGAUGUCUGGUCAGGCGGUAAAUUACCACAAGUCGAGUAUAUGUUUUAGUAAGAAUACACGGGGCGAAAUACGAGAGGAAAAUGCUGGUAUAUUGGGAGUAGUGCAGGCUCAAAAUUUUGGAAAGUAUUUAGGGCUUCCAUCUUUUGUGGGCAGGAAUAGAAGAGAAGCAUUUUCUUAUAUUGAAGAUAAAAUAAGACAGAGAAUUGGCUCGUGGAAUAAGAAACUGUUAUCACAGGCAGGGAAGGAAGUUCUUUUGAAAAGUGUGGCUCAGUUUAUGCCUACCUUUUCAAUGAGUGUGUUCCUUUUGCCUAUGAAUCUGUGCACUGCCAUUGAGAGAACUAUGAAUCGGUACUGGUAG